AUGCGAAUACCGCACCCGACCCGAUAUAUCUCCUCCAUAAGGCAAAUAUAUCUUGAACAGUUGAACCACAAUUUCCAAAAUCUGUCCCUACUAACCCUACUCCCAAAAAUCUCGCACUUUUACACUCAUCCAGCACCGUCGUCGUCUUCCAGCUCCGCCAUGGCAGGAGAAUCGGAGAGCUUCUCAACCGUUGCUGAGGCCACCGCCAAGUAUGGGUUUGAGCGAUCUGAGAUGUACCAGAGCAGCCUCACUGGGACCGUUGACCCGUACGAGCGCCACGUAUUCCUCUGCUACAAGUCUCACGAAGACUGGCCUGCACGCGUCGAGAAUUCCGAUUCCGAUCCUCUCCCUAAGCUCCUAGCUUCCUCUAUGAAAGCUCGUAAAAACGAUAUCAGCCUCAAGACUCGCUUGACUAUUUGCGAGGGAGAUGAUCUGAAGUUCUCCGAUGGAGAUGUUCUGAUUUUUCCUGAAAUGAUUGUAAUCAGAGGUUUAACCGAGUCAGAUGUUGAUAGCUUUGUUGAGGAUGUGCUCGUUAAUGGGAGGCCUUGGAUAUCUGGAGUGCAGGAGGAGUUGACUGAUUCUUUUGUGUUUGUUUGUGCUCAUAACAAUAGAGACCGGAGAUGUGGUGUUUGUGGCCCAAUUCUUAUUGAGAAGUUCAAAGAAGAGAUUGGGUCCAAGGAUUUGAAGGGCCAGGUGUUUGUGGCAGCCUGCUCACAUGUAGGAGGACACAAGUAUGCUGGCAAUGUGAUAACUUUUUGUUCAGAUCCUGAUGGCAAAAUUGCUGGCAAUUGGUAUGGGUAUGUCACACCUAAUGAUGUUGUUGAAUUGCUUGAUAAACAAAUUGGGAAGGGAGAAGUCAUUGACCGGAUCUGGAGGGGCCAAAUGGGUGCAAAAGCAAAAGAAGUAGAAGUAGAGGAACCGAAUCAUGCCACUGAAGCUAAUGCAAAUGUCAAUGGCAAACUUCCAGAAACUGUUACUGAAGACAAUAUGGAAAGUGUCGGAAGCUGUUGCCAGGGUGUCAACGGGUUUUCGUGCUGCCGAGCUGAAAAUGUCGAGAAAAAACAAACGAAGAAUGAAUUCUCGAGUUGGGUGGGGAAAUUUGAGCAACGUCAUCUCCUUACUACUGUUGCUGUGGUGGGUGCAAUCGCCACAGUUGCUGUGGCUUAUGGGUUUUACCGAAGGGCAAGGUGA